CUGCAAGUGAGGGAGGAGUGUGUUUGUUGAGAUGGUGGGGAAGAGGGAGGUAGAUGUAACUCGAGAGGUGGAUGCAUAACGCCCGUAAUCAUGCUGGGCAUCUGUGUUUCAGGCCGAGACCCUUUGGCAGACUGGAGAAAAGAAGCUGCGGAGUAGAUUUUAAAGGUGGGGGAGGGGAGAGAGAAACACAAGAUGAAAGUUGAAGCUGUGGGGUGUGGGAAUGAAGUAAAGAGCUAGGAUGUUGAUUGGUGAAAGAGAUACAUGGCUGGAGAAGGGGCUAUGUCUAAUCGAAGAGGACAGAAGACCACGGAAGAAAGAAAAGGGGGGGGAGGAGUACUAGAAGGAGGCGAUGAGUGGGCAAGGUGAGAAGGUGAGAGAGGGAAAAAGGGAUGAGGAAUGGUGAAGUGGAGAAGGGGAGAGACAUUACUGGAAGUACAAGAAAUCAAUAUUCAUGCCAACAGAUUGGAGGCUACUCAGACGGUAUACAAGGUGUUGUUCCUCCAUCCCAAGUGUGGCCUUAUCACAGCAAUGGAGAAGGCCAUGGAUGGACAUAUUGGAAUGGAAAUGAUGGCUUCCAUGGAAAAAACAAGCAAUUCAUCACCUACAGUCAGAACUAAUGGAACGUGCUUCUUUGAUGAACAAUUCCUCACAAGAAUGAUACCUCCAGCACUUACAAUCUUCUUUAUUUUAGCUGUAAGCUUUAACAGUCUAACACUAUGGAUAUUCUGUUCACAAGUGAAGAAAAAGGCCCCAAUUGAUAUUUUGAUGUUAAAUCUAUGUCUGGGUGACCUGCUUUUCUCAUUCACCUAUCCGCUUUUAAUCACUUAUCACAGCAACAAUAACCACUGGAUAUUUGGAGAAUUACUGUGCAAACUCCAAACCUUCUUCAUCUAUUUCAUCUUGAUGGCAAGUGUCUUCUUCCUGAUAUGCAUCAGUACUUAUCGAUGUUACAUGGUCCUCAAGUCCAUUCAGUCCAAGAACAGGAUUACAAAGAAAUGUACCAUUGCCCUUUCUAUCUUGAUCUGGUUGUUAACUGGCUUUGUUACAUCCCCGGCUUUUUCUCGGACCAGGGUCUUUAAAAUGAAUGGAAGAAUACAUUGUAUGAGCUUAAAUCAUCCAGAUAUCAAGAAAGUAUUACAAUCUUCUACAGUUAAGUUAUUUAUUCUGUCUUUUGUAAUUCCAUUUGUUACCUUGCUGGUGUCAACUUUACUUGUUCAAAGGAAACUGGCCAAUUUAACAUUAGCUGCACGUUCACAAAAAUUCCAAUAUGCUGUCCGGAUGAUGAUAGUAAUAUUGUGCAUCUUUGUAAUAUGCUUUCUUCCUGUAAAUGUAGCACGUUUAGUUAUUUCCACUGUGGGUAUGAACAACUGCACACUUUUCCAACAACUUGGAGUAGCUUACUACUGGUGUCUUCUUGCCAUUUAUUCUAAUACUAUCCUGGAUCCUAUUGUGUACUUCUACGCCAGCACCAAAUAUCGGACAAUGUUCAUUAACACCAUUAAGGGCAUGGGUUUUUGUAAAAAGCUGCCUGGAGUAGUCAGCAACACCCAAUCCACCAGCGAGUCAACAGUGUGACAAUUGAUGCAAAGAGCCAAUGAUUUAUCCUCAGUAGCCACUCGUUUUACCAUGUACCACCUGUACCUAAUAAAGUGGCCACUGAGUAUAUAAUCAUGGACUGCUGCUGCCCAUUCACUUCAAGAUUCAACGUGUUCUGCAUUCAGAGAUGCCCUUCUGUGCACCACUGCUGGAGCGCAUCAUCAUCUGAGUGACUGUUGUCUUCCUGUCAGUUUGAACCAGUUUGGCCAUUCCCUUGAGGUGCUUCUGUCCACAGAGCUACUGCUCUCUGGAAGUCUUCCAUUUCUCACACCAUUUUCUGUAAACUCCCGAGGCUUUUGUAUGUGAAAAUCCCAGCAGACCAGCAGUUUCUGAGAUCUGCAAAUCACCCCAUCUGGCACCAACAAUCAUUCCACAGUCAAAGUCACUUAGAGCAAAUAUCCCCACUCUGAUGUUUCGUCUGAGCAACUGAACCUCUUGACCAUGCUUUUAUGCAUUGCUUUGCUGCUCAUAAUUGGCUGAUUAGUUAUUUGCAUUAAUGAGCAGGUGUACAGGAGGACUAAUAAAGUGGCCAAGAACUGUAGAACAUACUUGGGGGAAGCAACAGUGGCUGUUCCUCUGGCACAGAGUCUGGCCCUGUGGCUCGGAAGAAUAGGGAAAGGAGGAGGAUGGCAGCAGUGAUAGGGGACUCCAUAGUUAUGGGUCAGGCAGGUGAUUCUGUGGACACUGGAAAGAAGCAUGGAUGGUAUUUGCCUCCCAGGUGCUAGGGUCCAGGAUGUUUCUGAUCGCGUCCACGAUAUCCUGAAGGGGGAAGGAGAACAGACAGAGGUUGUGGUAUAUAUUGGUACCACUGACAUAGGCAGGAAAAGGGAGGAGGUCCUGAAAGUAAACGACAGGGAGUUAAGAAGGAAAUUGAGAACCAGGACUACAAAGGUAGUCAUCUCUGGAUUACUGCCUGUGCACGUGACAGUGAGUAUAAGAAUAGAGUGAGGUGGAGGAUAAAUGCGUGGCUGAGGGAUUGGAACAGGGGACAGGGAUUCAGAUUUCUGGAUCUUUGGGACCUCUUUUGGGGCAGGAGUGACCUGUUGCACUCUAUUGGGGCAGGAGUAACCUGGGUUGCACUUGAAUCCCAGGGGACCAAUAUCCUGGCAGGGAGGUUUUCUAGGGCUACUGGGGAGAGUUUAAACUAGGAUUGCUGGGGGGCGGGAACCGAACUGAAGAGACAGAGGAAGAGGUGGUUGGCUCCCAACUAGAGAAAGCUUGGAGACAGUGUGAGAAGGAGGAUAGGCAGGUGAUCGAGAAGGGACUUGCUCAGACUGAUGGUUUGAGAUGUGUCUAUUUUAAUGCACGGAGUGUUGUGAACAAAGCAGAUGAGUUUAGAGCAUGGAUCAGUACUUGGAGCUAUGAUGUUGUGGCCAUUACAGAGAUGUGGAUGGCUCAGGGGCAGGAUUGGUUACUUCAAGUGCCAGGCUUUAGAUGUUUCAGAAAGGACAGGGAGGGAGGCAAAGGAGGUGGGGGCGUGGUACUGUUGAUCAGAGAUAGUGUCACAGCUGCAGUAAAGGAGGAAGACUUGAAGGGAUUGUCUACGGAGUCUCUGUGGGUAGAAUUUAGGAAGAGGAAAGGGCCACCAUUACCACUGCAUGGAACUAGCCUAGUAUUAUUCUUUAACAAACUCCAAAACAGAUUAACAGGCCAUUCUGGUUUUUUUUUUAAAUUUCCUGUGUGUAAAUGCUUGCUGUGGUACCAAUAGGCAGGUGUUCUCAGUCAAGUUCAAAAGUAAGUGAUUAUGACAUGCUUCACUGAAAACGUCUCGAAAAUGUGCAUUUAAGAUACUUGUAAAUUCCUGUCAAUCAUUGUUUUGUUUGUAAUUCCCCAUAUCUCAACAAAUAAAGCUACUCCCAUGAGUAUAUGUGCCUAUACAAAUAAAAAUAUUGUAUUGACAAAGUUUCUGACCAUUCAUACAUCUAAAAACCAUCAGACCUGGAAGUGUGGUUAAUGAAAAGAAUGAUAGAAUGAAUUGUAAAAUACAUUGUCAAGUGAUCCACAUCUACAGAAAGCAAGAGAGUACAAGAGAACAAACAGAUCAUCCACUGCAUAUAUGGGCAUUUGGUCGAGACCUCAAAAUGAAGUUAGUGCUUAGACACCCAUCCAUCUUCCAGUAAGGAGAAACAUUCAGGCAAGUGGAUUGAAGAUAAAAAAUGAAGGAGAUUGACAUAGGGAGAGAUCAAGAGAAAAAGAAUGAGCAGAACAUUCAAUUUGUCCUUGUCCUCUAGCAUGAUCAUUGAUUUCCCAUCUCAAUUCAGUCUGAGCUGAUGGGAAUAUCAAUGUUUCAACACAAGUCCGUUAUACAGCCCAUCUUAGUCAAACUUUCAGGAAACUUUCCACAAGGACAAUCACAAGUACAAACAGCCUGAAAUUGCUGUGUGGAAUUUCAGCUUCUGUACUACCAACUGGGAUCACCUUAGUCUGAAAGUUCAGAGGAGGCAGAAUUGAUAAAAGGCAAGGUUUUUGAGUCAGUGUGUCGAUAGCCCUGCCAAGAAACACUAGACCUAAUCUUUGCGAAUCUAUCUGCAGGGAAAGCAAACUGAUGGCACAUUAAUCUAUAAAUAACAAGUGGGAGACAUUCACCAAUGCAACUAUGAGAAUUCAGGACAAUGGUGAAAGGCAAAGACAACAAAGGAACACUGAAUGUCAAGGAACAUGAAGAAUCAAGAAAAAGCGUCAAAGGUUAGAUAAGGAAUUAAAAGGGUCGUUUAUAAAGAAGUGCAAACAGGAGACAUCCAACAGGUGCGUAGAAUGUGAAGAGUGUGCAAAAAAUGUAAUUAGGAGAGCAAAGUGGAGGCAUUCAACAGGAUUGGCAGCAAAAUUAAGGAAAAUAGGAAAGCAUUUUAUAUUAGGUGCAAAAGAAUUGGGCCCACAGAAAACAAACCUAUGUGUGGAGUCAAAGAAUGUAGGUGAGGUGUUAAAUAUAUUCCUCAUCCACGUUCAGUAGGGAGAACAUUUUUGUUGGAUAAAGGGGGCAGAUUAAAUUAACUGCUGUUAAAAAGCAGGCACCAUUAGAUGUCAUAAAAGUGGAUAUAUCCCCAAAGCCCAAGGAGUUGUAUCCCAGGUUGCUAUGGGAGAGAAGAAAGAGAACCUUAUGAGAUUCAAGAGAUAUUCUGAUCUUCUCUGGUCAUAGGUGAGAUGCCAGAUGACAGGGUAAGAGUAAAUAUGGUACACUUAUUUGAGAAGGGCAACUGGGAUAAAAUAGGCUGAUGAGUCUAACACAGAGGAUAGGAUAAUCACUGGAUGAAAUCUGAAAGGUAGAAUUAACCUGCACAUGGAGAGGCUGGGCUUGAUCAUGGACAGCAAGAGGGCUUUGCUAAGAAGACUCAACUGAUUGAAUGUUUUGAAGAAGCAUGUACAUGCUUCAGUGAGGUUAAUGUGGUGAAUUAGUCUACAUGAAUUUCAGUAAGGCUCUGAAAAGGUCCCACAUCAGAGCCUAGUUCAAACUGAAGAGCCAAUGGGAUCCAGGGCAAGCUGGUAAACUGGAUCCAAAACUUUCUGGUGAUAGAAAGCAAGAGUCUACAUGGAUUUCAGUAGGAGAACCCUGUAGCAUGAAUGGCAGUGAUGCUUGACUACAUCAACGCCUUCUAUGCCCACUUUGAAAGGGAGAAUAAAACUACAGCUGUGAAGAUCCCUGCUGCACCCGGUGAUCUCUG